GUCCGUGGAAAAAAUUAAGAACCACUGGCCUAACCUACAACUAAACGACUUAAAAUGUGUCCUGCUCGUUUGCAGAUCCGGUAGCGCGUCUUUUUUGGUUUCCAAGAAAAACACGCAAUGUCCGUGGCGAAACAGCAACAGAAUGCCCAUGGGGAGCCCAAAGAAAAGAGGAGGAAAGAGAGUAUUCUUGAUUUGUCCAAGUAUUUAGAGAAGAACAUUAGGGUAAAGUUUGCUGGGGGUAGGGAGGCCUCAGGAAUUCUUAAGGGGUACGAUCCUCUGCUUAACUUGGUGCUGGAUAAUACUACGGAAUACCUCAGAGAUCCCGAUGAUCCGUAUAAGUUAAAUCAAGAUACUCGUAUGCUUGGCUUGGUCGUAUGCAGAGGCACAUCUGUAGUACUUAUCUGUCCAGUAGAUGGAAUGGAAUCUAUUCAGAACCCUUUUAUACAACAAGAUGGUUAACUAAAUUCAUUUUUCCUCUGAUCGAGAUUAUUAUUUGAAAAGCAAGGCACUUUGUUUUGCAGAAAAUCUAGUUUACGAAAUGUUGAAAAGGUGAAUUCUUUUGUAAUGGAAAUGGACAUAAUUUAUUUUACAUCGUAAACUAUGUAAA